GACCUCUCACCCGGGGCGGAGCCGCUGCCGCGGCAGGGCCGGACGAGGCGGCAGCGCGCAGCCGAGGGGUUUGUCUGGAGGGGCUGAGCUGAGAUCCUGUCCACUUGCCGCUGAAACCUCCUAAAAGGUUCAGUUGGAAACCGGAUUAAGUAUUAAGGCCGGAGACCAUCUGCGAACUCAUCACCAGUAAAUCCCUGGAGCAGCGCGGUGGGUGCUUGGGGUGCGCUUCGAGGCUCCUCUGUUUUAAAUUCGUGUGAUAUAAUACUGUCCUCUUUAUAAUAAAUUUUCAUGCCAGAAGGACACAGUCAAACAAUAAUGGCAGUUGAUGAACUUCAAGCUAUAAUACAAAGAUGCCAAAUUCUGGAAGAAGCUGAUUUCAAAGGAGAAGAUUUUAAUCUAUUUCAGGUAGCAGGUCAGAAAUGUCUGGAAGAUGGACAUGCAGCUCAGUUAUUAGAAGUAAUUCAAAACGAGAAAAACAAGGUUAUCAUCAAGAAUAUGGGUUGGAAUCUCAUUUCUCCUCUUGUUAGAUGUAUUUUCAUGUAUAAACAAGAAGACGAUAAGCGAGAACAAUGCCUGAGGAUACUUGAUCAGUUGGCACAGCUCUGCAAUCCAAAGGAACUUUUUUUGGGUUUACUUGAGCAGAUUGAACAGACCACUGGAGAGCAAGUGUGUCAAACUGUCAUGUUAUUGCUUCAGCCUUUGCAGACAGUGCUUUUGAAACUUCAGAACAAGAAGGCCUACUCAGUGGGUUUGUCAUUGGCCGUGAUUAUGAAUCAACUCACUCCCUUACCUGUACCUUACACCAAACAACAAAUCCAAGAAGAUAAACUUGGUCUCUGUCAAUGUUGUAAUGCAGUGCUGGACUUCGCUAGACCUUUUGUGAAUGAAGUUGUUAAAAAUAUGGAAAAGUCAUUAGAAUGCAAUGAUAUGGAGCUGAAAGAAGAAUUAAUAAAAUUCUGUAUGAAAAGCCUGAAAUACCCAUUAUUGACAGCUCAACUUGAACAACUUGAGGGCAUUGAAGAACAUCCUUUUCGGCAUUUUGCAACUGAAAUUAUAGACAUCUUGUGGAAUAUAGGAGAAUUGAUACCAUUAGUGUUUGUACAUCAUAAAAGCAAAAGUCCACAGUGGGAGGAUCAGGAGUUUGCAGACAUAGAGCGAAAGAACUCCGCCGAGUCUUUGGCUUGUCUGUCAUAUCUCAUCUUUGCUCAGCAUUUGGGUGUUGAAUGCUUUCCAGUGGUUUUUAGUCCUUCAUACCUUCUGCUGUGCAAUAUGACACAUAUUGAGGUGCUACUGAAAAGAACAGAAGAAUCUGUAUUAUCUAAAGGACUUGAUCUGUUUGAGAGCUGUUUAUUGAGAAUGGAAGACAACAGCCUUCUCCAUCACUAUUUAGAAUUCAGAAACUUUAUUAAUGUACCUCAGGAUUUAGUGAAAAUUAUGACCCUUUGUCCCAUGGAGCAUAUGGGAAAGAAGAGUUUAAAUAUUUUGCAGUUGUUCAUAGAUAAGUUUGAUACAGAGGGAAAAUACACAUUACUCAGGUGUUUACUGAAGACAAGCAACCAUGCUGGUGUGGAAGGAUACAUCAUUAAAAAUAUAAAAGAUCAGAUUCACUUAGCGUUAACGAAGGAGUAUGACAACAUUUGGUUUACAGGACAUCACCUGAUCUCUCUUCUAGAUUUAGUACUUUCACUUCCAGAAGGUGCUGAGACUGAUCUUCUGCAAAACUCAGACAGGAUUAUGGCAUCACUAAAUCUGCUGAGAUACGUAGUCAUUAAGGAUUGUGAAAGUGACAAUCAGACUGGUGUAUGGACCACACUUGGCAAGAUAGAGCAGAAUUUCUUAAAACCACUGCGUGUGGGACUCAAUAUGUCAAAAGCACAUUAUGAAGCAGAAAUAAAAAAUAAGAAAGAAAACAGAAAAGAAGCACACAGUUCUAACACAGUUUGCUCUGUAACUGUUAGUGGGGAAAAGAUGCCUGCCAUGACUACUGGAAUGCAGCUUCAAGUUUUACACUCAGCUCUCUUCACGUUUGAUUUAAUAGAAAGUGUUCUAGCUCGAGUAGAAGAACUCAUUGAAGUGAAAACAAAAGCUGUAAUGGAUGAAAACAGUUGAGGCAGCUGAAGUGUUUGAAU